GGCAUUAGUGGAUAAGGUUUUGGGAAGAGAGAACAAUGGCUACUCUGCCAUCCAUUUCCUCCUCUUUCCUCCAAACAAGAACUCCAACAAUUCAUCCUCAGAAUCAACAACCACUUUCACUCUUUCACACUCCCAAUCCAAACAUCAAAACUUCUCGAAAGCACUCCUCUCUCAAGGUCCAGGCUGCCAAGCUUCCUGCUGGGGUAGAAUUGCCCAAAGUAGAGCCUCAGUUCAAAGCACCAUUUCUAGGGUUCACAAAGACUGCAGAAAUAUGGAACUCCAGAGCUUGUAUGAUUGGCCUCAUUGGGACAUUCAUCGUGGAACUGAUAAUAAACAAGGGAAUACUUCAAGUCAUAGGGGUGGAUAUUGGGAAAGGUCUUGAUCUACCUCUAUGAGCAUUCAAUCCAAGUACAUACAGUAUUUACAUCACAUGGGGUUUAAUUUAAUUUUCACAAAGCAGUAACUUUUAUAGUUCUGUAAUCCUUCUUUUAACUUUGUAUUGUAUCCAUUGAGCAGUGUCAGUAACUCAUGAACCCUGUAAUUCAUGGAAAUUACUGCAGUUGUAUGCAUUGUUUGUUUCUUCUUGU